GCAGCUUUUUACUCUUUCCGCUCUCUUAUCCUCCUUCAGAAAGUGAUAGCCACGGAUUGCGAGAGAGAGGGGUAUUCUGUGUCUUCUCACUAUUCUGCCAGAGAGAGAACGAGGGAGUGAAGGCUGAUCCGAGAGAGAGGAAGAACAGGGAACGAGAAGAGGAAGAAGAAUUUGAUGCACCGAGUUGAGGCUGGUCUUUAAUCCUAUAAUCAAGAAGCUGAGAAAAUCAAGACUUUUGCUACUCCCAAAGACAGAGGUUUGGACUGGAAACAAAGAGGAAAGUUGGGGAUUGAACAUUACGUAUAUUGAGGGAGUUUGAAAGAUCAAGUUUUAAAAUUCCUACAAGCCAAACAAGAAGAGAGAAAAAGGUAUCAAGAUUAGUGAUAUUUGAAAGAAGUUAGGAAGGAGUCUGUUAUAGCAUCUUCUGUUUGGUUAAGAUUUAAGAGAUGGCUGUAUCUAAGAAAGAAUCGAUGCUGGUUAACGAGGAGGAACUGGAAGACGAUAGUGAUAUGGGGGACGAUGUGUCUGAGUCAGAAUUGGAACAAGAAUCGGAAGAGAAAUCUGAAGAGGAAGGAGAUGUGAGAUUGGCUGAACCUGCCCAGAAUGCUACAUACAACAGAGAUGGUCUGUUAGAGAAGCUUGGAGAUAUGAGCUGGCCUGAGAAUGCUAAAUGGGUGGACAGGCUUACGUUGGAUAUUGAGCAAGAGCAACCGGUGGAUGUGAAUGAUGACCUGACAAGGGAGCUUGCGUUUUAUACACAGGCUCUAAAUGGAACGAGGAUGGCCUUUGAGAAGCUUCAGUCGAUGGGGCUUCCAUUUCUGAGACCUGAGGACUACUAUGCAGAAAUGGUGAAGUCGGAUUCCCACAUGGAGAAAGUGAAGAGCCGGCUUUUGGUGGAGAAGAAGAACAUGGAGGAAGCUGAUGAGAGAAGGAAGGCCAGAGAGGCCAAGAAACUGUCUAAAGAAAUUCAGAACCAGAAGUUGAAGGAGAGAGCUAAGCAGAAAAAGGAGUCUAUUGAAUCUGUGAAGAAGUGGAGGAAGCAGAGGCAGCAAAGUGGGUUUGCUGGGGGUGACAAGGGAAGCGAGUUGGAUUUGGCCUUUGAAGAUGGGAAACCAUUUGAGAAGUCAAGUAAUAAGAGGCCUGGUGUAGCUCCCGGAGAUCGGUCUGGAGGGAAGGCAAAAUAUGCUGGAAAGGGGAAGAAGCCAAAGAAGAGAGAAAUCAAGGAUUCCAAGUUUGGAUUUGGUGGGAGGAAAGGUUCCAGGAAGCAAAAUGUCACUGAAACCACCAACGAUUUGAGAGGCUUCAAUAAAGAAGAUGGUUUCUCAAAAAAUAAGAAAAGGAAGAUGUGAUUUGUAACUCUAUGAUUUUGUGGUUUUGUUUCUCAUUAUGGUAAGGGCUUGCCUGUGUAGCCUAUUAAUUUUUAGUGUUGAUUCUAAUACAAGUGAACUUUUGAGGUC